UCAACCACCGCCGCCGCCGCUGCCAGCCAAGGCCCCGGGAGGGCAGGGACCCGCAGCACCGGGGCAGGCGUGGGGCCGGAGGAAAGGGUGCCGGGGCCACACACACGCACCCUCGCUGCAGUCCAGCUCCUCCCGGAGCCCGGACGCUCGCAGCGCACGGAGCGCAGGACCGCCCGCCCGGACGCCCGCCAGCCCGCACGCCCACGGGCCGGGGCCGCUGCCAGGGAGCGGGCGAGAGGAGGAGGCCCGGGGGGCGGGGUGGGGGGCGGGGUGGGUGCCGCCGCCGCCGCGGAGCUGCUACUCAGCGCGUUUUGCAUGAAGAUGGCGGCUCCCACCGCCAGCAAGGCAGCCUCUCUGGGCUGUAACAACAAGCCUUCGUUCCCGGAGCUGGAUUUCAGGUCCGGAGCUCGGGUGGAGGAACUGAACAAACUCAUCCAAGAAUUCACGAAACACGACCAACGGGAAUAUGACGACCAGAGAGCGCUGGAGAUUCACACAGCCAAGGAUUUCAUCUUUUCCAUGCUGGGAAUGGUGCAAAAACUGGACCAAAAACUGCCAGUGGCCAACGAGUACCUGCUGCUCUCGGGAGGCGUCCGGGAAGGUGUGGUGGACCUGGACUUGGAUGAGCUGAACGUCUACGCCCGGGGGACCGACUAUGACAUGGACUUCACGCUUCUGGUGCCGGCCCUUAAGCUGCACGACCGCAACCAGCCUGUGACACUCGACAUGCGCCACUCGGCCUUGUGCCACUCAUGGCUGAGCCUGCGGCUCUUCGACGAGGGAACGAUCAGUAAGUGGAAGGACUGCUGUACCAUCGUCGAUCACAUCAACGGUGCCACCAACUACUUCUUCUCCCCGACCAAAGUGGCCGACUGGUUCUACGACUCCAUCAGCGUCGUCCUCUCAGAGAUUCAGAAGAAGCCCCAGCGAGGGAUGCCCAAGGUGGAAAAGGUGGAAAAGAAUGGGACCAUCAUCUCCAUCAUCCUGGGCGUGGGCAGCAGUCGCAUGCUCUACGACAUUGUGCCCGUGGUCUCCUUCAAAGGCUGGCCUGCGGUGGCCCAGAGCUGGCUCAUGGAGAAUCACUUUUGGGAUGGGAAGAUCACGGAGGAAGAGGUCAUCAGUGGGUUUUACUUGGUGCCCGCUUGCUCCUACAAAGGGAAGAAGGACAACGAGUGGCGCCUGUCCUUUGCCAGGAGCGAGGUACAGUUGAAGAAGUGCAUCUCCAGCAGCCUCAUGCAAGCCUACCAGGCCUGCAAAGCCAUCAUCAUUAAACUGCUGUCGCGGCCCAAGGCCAUUAGUCCCUAUCACCUGCGGAGCAUGAUGCUCUGGGCGUGCGACAGACUGCCUGCCAACUACUUGGCUCAAGAAGACUAUGCAGCCCACUUCCUGCUGGGCCUCAUCGACGACCUGCAGCACUGUCUCGUCAACAAGAUGUGCCCCAAUUACUUCAUCCCACAGUGCAACAUGCUGGAGCACCUGUCGGAGGAGACGGUCAUGCUGCACGCUCGGAAGCUCUCCUCCGUGCGCUCAGACCCCGCCGAGCACUUGCGCACGGCCAUAGAGCACGUGAAGGCGGCCAACCGGCUGACGCUGGAGCUGCAGCGCAGGGGCAGCACCGCCAGCAUCCCCUCCCCACAGUCCGACGGCGGGGACCCCAACCAGCCCGAUGACCGCCUGGCCAAAAAACUGCAGCAGCUUGUGACUGAGAACCCGGGGAAGUCCAUCUCCGUCUUUAUUAACCCUGACGAUGUCACAAGGCCCCAUUUUCGAAUUGAUGAUAAAUUUUUCUGAGUGUUUUCCUGGCCCAUUUUUUUCUUUUUUUGUCCUCCCCUCGCCCCUUCCUCUUUCCUGGUUUUAACACUCUGACCACUGUGUAGUGGGGUUUGUGAGGCUGGCUUUCCGUUUUUUACAUAUCCAGCCUCGAUUGGAUCUGUUGAGAACACAUUUUCCGUUUCCUGCGUCCGCAGGGUGGGGCAGGCUCUGAAACAGUAUAUUACUAUUUUAUAUUCUGCCUCUUUAAUUUUUGUUGUUGUUGCUGAAUUUUUCACCUAACUGUAUUUUGGUUUUGUUUUUUGGAGGGUUUGGGUUUGUUUUUUAGAACUCGAGCCAUAGAAGAAAAUGCCCAUGAAUCCCUUGUAUUUUUCUGUUUUAUACUUUGUGCAAAUUUACUAAUGGGGUUAGGG